UCAAUUGUACAAAUCUGAAAAUAACAACUCAAAUUUUUUAUUUGUGGACUGUUGGAGAUUGCUAAAGGUUGAGCCGAAAUGGAAUACAAUGUACCAAACAACAUGUGGUAAGAGAACAAAGGUGUCAGAAUUAGGGGCAUUUACUUCAUCUUCUAAUGCAGACAUCAGUGACGAUGAAGUACGUGAAGUGCGCCCUACUGGCCAAAAGGCAACAAAGAGAAAAGGAAAGGAAAAAAAAGACACACAUGCUAGAUUUAUAGAGAUUAAUGCAUGGAAAGGACAAUUCACGCGAGAUGAUCACGGCAGGCCAACAAUCAUGCUCGAAGCAGUUGCAUCACAAGAUCUCUGGAUAUGGCAUGCAUUUUUUGGUGUUCCGGGAUCCAAUAAUGAUCUGAACGUGUUAAAUCAAUCCCCAUUAUUCACUGAAAUCUUACAAGGGCAAGCACCUCAAGGAGAGAAAAGAAAAUUAUUUGCUCAAUGCCAAGAAGCAGUACGUAAAGAUGUUGAGCGAGCAUUUGGAGUACUUCAAUUUCGUUUUGCUAUUGUACGAGGACCAACACGUUUUUGGCAAAGAGAUGUUCUCAAAGAUAUUAUGUAUGCAUGUAUCAUAUUGCACAAUAUUAUUGUCGAGGAUGAAAGAGAUGCAUAUGAGAGUUUGGUUGAUUUUAAUUAUGAUAACGGCCCUACAGACACCCCAACAGUUGAAGUAUUGCAUGGACCUAUUUCCGACUUCCCGACAAUGCUGCAAAGAAAUGCUGAAAUUCGUGAUAGAAAUAUUCAUCGCAAUCUUCAAGCACACUUGGUGGAACACAUAUGGUCAAAAUUUGGAAAUCAUUUUAAUUAGUUUUUUUUUUAAUUAUGUUAGA